CAUAUCAUAUCAAACCUUCAAGACUCAAAAUCUUAGAAGAAAAACAAAAUAUAGUGUCAUUACAUUCAUUCAUUCAUUUUGAUUCAAAGAAAACAAAAAUGGCCACAAACUCUCUUCACUGUUCAAUUCAACAACACCAUAACCAUCAUUUCCAUAUCAAAUUCCAACCUCCAACUACUUUUUCUGCUUCACAACUCUUCCUUAAACCCUCUAACAUUACCAACAACAUCACUCUUUCACAUUCUUCUUCUGGUUCUUCUUCAUUUUCAUGUGUUACAUUCUCACUCUCUCAAGCUACUUCCACCACCCCAUCAUCAACCUCACAAGAAUCAGUUUCCUUUGAAGUCUUAAAGCAGCAUCUCACAGCAGAAGAGUAUCAAAAAGCUGAUGAAGAAACAAGGAGGCUCCUCAUAGUUCUAGCUGGUGAAGCUGCUCAGAAACGUGGAUAUGUCUUCUUCUCUGAGGUUCAGUUCAUAUCAGAAUCUGACCUCAAAACCAUUGAUGAACUCUGGAGGGUCCACAGUGACAACAAGUUUGGAUACAGUGUUCAGAAGAAGAUAUUUGAGAAAUCCAAUGAAGACUUCACCAAGUUCUUCAUCAAAGUUGGUUGGAUGAAGAAGCUUGACACUGAUUCAUUUGGGAGCUCAAUGGUGACACCCCAGAAGGCCAUUUGCCUCUCACAAAUGCUCUCAGAGGGACACAGCUGCUAUACAACAUCUUUAACCAUCCAGCAUUUGAUGAAGAACAAGAACAAGAAGAGGGUGAUGAUGUUGUUGCUGCUGUUGAGGACAAGGGGUCGAAGGAAAAGGAUGAUAGUUCAUUGGCUAAGAGGGUCUUCAAACCAAAUUAUAGCUUUUGAGUUCUACCAAAAAAAAAAUUUACUACUACCACAGACAAGUUUAGUGAACAGAUAAUGUAAUUUGGGUUUUGAAUUUUGAAUUUACCUAUAUAUAUAUAUAAUAUGGUAAUCACUAAUUAAUUAUUAUGAAA